AUGUCGAAAAAUAGUAAAUCUAGGCUCGUCUGCUCGGAUUGUAAAAUUAAUUCUGAAUCAGGUAUAACAACUAAUAAACAUAACGUCACAUUACAAGGCUUAGCUGAAUCAGUUAAUUUUAUGGGCAACAAAUUUGAUGAAUUCAAUAAUACUGUUUCCAAAUUACUUAAUGAAAUGAAGGAAUUAAGAGAAGAGAACCGGAAAAUCUCUGACAUUAACAGAAACUUAGUAACUGAGGUGAAUAUUUUAAAACAAAAAAUUGAUGAUAUUGAACAAAAAUCACUUGAAAAAAUGGUUGAGAUAUCCGGAAUACCUACUUCUAAAGAUGAAGAUUGUGCCAAGAUUGCUGAGGAAAUUGCCGCCAAACUUAAUGUUGCAAUUCAUGUGGAAAAAGCAGUAAGAAUUCCUAUUAAAAAUAAUCAAUUUUCAAAAAUUCUCGUAUGGUUAAGUCAUAAAGAUAUGAAGUCUAAUCUCGUUACAAAAUGUAAAAGAAAUCGUGAUUUAUUUGCCAAACAAAUUAAUUCAAAUUGGUCCAGCACUGUGCGAAUUUUCAUCAAUGAACAUAUUACUAAGGUUAGAAGACAUCUAUUAUUCAAAACAAAAGAAGCUGCAAGAGAAAAAUUUUACAAAUAUGUUUGGAUUAAUGAAGGUGAUAUCUUAGUACGUAAGGAUGACCAAUCUAAGGUUUUUCGUAUAAGAGAACUAGGUGAUAUAGCCAUGAAAAUACAGUAA